CCUCUUUACAUUUAUUUAUCCAUCCCUCACCUUCAUCCAAACAAACUCUAAGAUAUUGGUCCCUGAUGUAAAAAAAUACUCAAGAUCAUUGAAAAGGAACAGGGAAAUUUCAAGUUACUUGCUAAAAUGGCUAGUUGAACCUCUGCCAGAACAAAUUAUAAAAACACAACAAACUCAAACCUAGUAGAUCAAACACAAAACAACCUCCUCUAGCUCCAAGCAUUUUCUUGAAUCCUUUAAUUAUCCCAGAAAAACACCUUGUAAAUCAUCACUGAGCCAAAGAGGAAAUGGCUGAAGGUUCAGUGGUCUUUCUGCUCAAUAAGCUUACAGAAAUUCUCCAAAACGAGGGGAACCUUUUGUCGAAAGUUCGAGCUGAGGCUGAGUACAUCAACGAUGAACUAGAGUUCAUGAAGGCCUUUCUAAGAGUUGCAGAGACGUUGGAGGAUAGCGAUCCUCAACUCAAAGUGUUUGCGAAGAAAGUGAGAUAUGUCGUUUAUGACCUUGAAGAUGCUCUUGAUGAUUUCAAGUUGCAUCUCAUUUCUGAUCAUGGAUAUGGAUUCCGUGCUUCUCUUCAAAAAAUUACUCACUUGGUUAAGAGUUUAAAAGCUCGGCAUCAAAUUGCUAUAAAAAUGCAACGGAUCAAAUUGCGAGUGAUUGGUAUCUCGGAGACACAUCGGAGAUACUUGAUCAAAAAUAAUAUUAUGGGACAAGGGUCGAGCUCCUGCAGUGAAAGGCAGCCAUCCAGAAGAAGGGAUAUUCUUCAACUUGAAGAAGCCAAUCCAGUGGGCAUUGAACACCACAAAAUGAAGCUUAUCGAGUGGCUUUUCGAAGACAAAUCUGAACGUGAAGUGGUUUCUGUGGUUGGUAUGGGAGGUCUGGGUAAGUCUACCCUGGUGAAAAAAGUCUAUGACAACAAAGAAGUGAAGAAACACUUUGAAUUUCGUGCUUGGAUCACACUGUCUCUAUCUUUCACAUCAGAAGACCUCCUUAAAGAUAUCAUUCAGCAACUCUCCCAUGUUCUCAGGUUAUCAGAUCCUCAAGGUGUGGACACCAUGGACAAUGAUAAGCUCAGGACUGUAAUCAGUGAAUUCCUUCAGGAACGGAGGUACCUAAUAGUCCUAGAUAAUGUGUCCAAUGCUAAAGCCUGGGACGAUUUUGAGCAUGUAUUGCCAAACAAUAGCUGUGGCAGCCGAAUUCUGCUCACAACAAGGAAUCAUGAUGUUGCCUUUCUUGCAUCCCCUGAUAAAGCCUACAAUUUGAAUCCAUUGUCUCAGGAAAAGUCUUGGACCUUGUUUUGCAGAAAGAUAUUUCAAAACAACCCUUGCCCUCUGUACUUGAAGGAUGUUUUGGAAAAAAUCCUCAGCAGAUGUCAGGGAUUGCCACUUGCAAUUGUGUCUAUUGCUGGUGUUCUUGCAACAAAGGACAAAGCUAGAAUAGAUGAAUGGGAAAUGGUUCGACGUAGUCUUGGUGCUGCACUAGAAGACAAUGACCGAUUGAAGAGUAUACUGUCACUGAGCUACAAUGAUUUGCCUCACUAUCUCAAGUAUUGUUUGCUGUAUUUCAGCAUCUUUCCUGUGGGUAGUCCAAUUGUCUGUAGGAGGCUUGUCCGAUUAUGGAUAGCAGAGGGAUUCGUGAAAGAUAAGGAAGGAAUGACAUUAGAAGAAGUUGCAGAAGCCUACCUGAAUGAGCUCAUAAAAAGAAGCUUGGUCCAAGUGGUAGAGGCCACUAGUGAUGGAAGAGUCAAAACAUGCCGUGUCCAUGAUAUUCUGCUAGAAAUGAUAAUUUUGAAGUCGAGAGACCAAGAUUUCGCAGCAAUAGCUAAUGAACACAGCAUGAUGUGGCCUGGAAAUUUUCGCCGGUUAUCGGUACAUAAUGCCAUGCCUAGCUUACAACAAGGCCUAACUGCCUCUCGACCACGUUCACUGCUCAUGUUUUGGGGGUCAGAAUCUUUACCUGAAUCCCUUGUGUUGAAUUCCUCUCGUCGUUUUAGACUGCUUAAUGUCUUGGAUCUGGAAGGCACACCUUUAAAGAAAUUUCCAAAUGAAGUUGUUAGCCUUUACCUUCUAAAAUAUCUUAGUCUGAGGAAUACCAAGGUGAAUUCCAUUCCAAGCUCUAUUGCCAAGCUUCAGAUUCUGGAAACCUUGGAUUUGAAGCAUACCAAGGUUACAGAAAUGCCUGCUGAAAUUCUGAAGCUCCAAAAACUUCGCCACCUGCUAGUGUAUCGCCAUGAAAUUGAGUCUGAUGAUCAGCAGAUUCCAACCAAAUAUGGCUUCAAGGUACCAGCUCAAAUUGGAAGUCUACAGUCUGUACAAAAGCUUUGCUUUCUGGAGGCAAAUCAAGGCAAUAAUCUUUUGAUGGAACUAGGAAAAUUGAGUCAGCUAAGGAGGUUAGGCAUUGUAAAGUUAAGGAAAGAAGAUGGGAAGGCUUUGUGCUCUUCCAUUGAAAAGCUGAGAAACCUUCAGGCAGUAUCAAUUACUUCGGUAGAAGAGAACGAGAUCAUUGAUAUGGAGAACUUAUCUUCUCCUCCUCGAUUUCUUCAGCGAUUAUACUUGACAGGACGUUUGGAGAGGUUACCAGAAUGGUUAUCUUCACUUGAUAGUUUGGUGAAGGUUGUGUUAAAAUGGAGUGUAUUAAGUGAAGAUCCCCUACCAUUGCUCCAGCAUUUGCCCAAUCUUGCGCAUCUUGAAUUUGUGCAGGUUUAUGAUGGAGAGCUUUUGUGCUUUCAAGCCAAUGGGUUUCAAAGGCUAAAGUUUUUGGGUCUAAACAAAUUACAUAGACUCAACACAGUAACUAUUGAGAAUGGAGCAAUGCCUUGUCUUGAGAAGCUGAUUGUUCAGAGCUGCAAAUCAUUGUUGAGGGUGCCAUUAGGAAUUGAACACUUGACUGAUCUUAAAGUAUUGGAAUUUUUCAACAUGCCUUUAGAAUUAAUCAUGGCACUGCAUCCCAAUGGUGGAGAAGAUGGAGACUAUUGGAAGGUUGAGCGUGUGCCGGAGGUUUACUUCACCUACUGGUAUGAUGGUAAAUGGGAUAUUAUCUCUCUGGAGAGUUUCAAAGAGUCCAGAAAUUCUGCUCAGUCUGGCUCAAGCGUUAUUCAGCGUCCUCGGCACAUCUGGAAAUAA